AAAUGCAAAAAAAAUCUACAACAAUGAAUUUUAUGCAUGUUUCAGAUGGAAAUUUCUAAGUAACAGUGUACUCUCAUGAUAACUCUUAUGAUGUACUAAAGUGGACCAGGAAGAAUGCUCCCAUGCUUGUUGGCCUAAGUAGCAAGAGGGUGACUACAACAAUGGUAACACUAAUAACAGAAAAACUGCAGAACCAGAGUUUGGAUGACUUAGCAUGUAAAGCUUACAGCAUUAACCUGCACUCCCCGGAAUCCCUGAACCAGAGUGACACCCUGUUUCCAUUUGAAAUCCAUGAAGACCGCCCAUGGAGAGUUGUUGGAAAUGGCUGUCAAAUCAGGAAAGAAGCAACAUCAACCAAGGCUACUGCUUUCCAUUUUCCAAUAUGUCAAUAUAACUAUGGUGGCACUGACAACAUUGGCUUGCAGUGGCAACAGGAUACCACAACUCCAUCUUCCAUUGUUUCAUGGGUAAGCACGAGUGGCAGCACUGGAAAUAGUACAACAAGGACCUGCAGCAGUGUCUCUGUUUUGCCUGGCUGGAUAAGUGAGCUUAAUUUGAAUGAGAAUUGUAGUCAGCCUUUGGCUCCACCUACUAAAAGGCACUGCCGAUCUUUGUCUGAACCAGAUGAACUUGCUCGUUGCCGGUCACCUUGGAAGCCAAACAGCAGCUCAAAAGUUUGGACUCCUGUGUCCAAACGGAGAUGCAACAGUGGAGGCAGCACAACUCUACAGAGAUGUAACAGCCAAGGUAGUGCCACAAUGCAACGCAGCACCAGCGUUUGCCUUCCACAGCCUACAUCGUGUUCCUUGAGUAACUGCAGUAAAAGUGGUAGCAAACAUAUUUUGUCAUUGAAUAACAGUGUCAUCAACAGCAACAGUUUUAAUACGUCUCCUGUCCCUCGACCAUCCUCUGCCAGCAGUGGAUUUGUAGACAGUAGUGAGGGCAGCACAAACUCCUCUGGUAUUCGAUGGCAUUCAGGGGGACCUUGUGACUACCAUCCACGACGACGACUUUCUCUCUCUCAAGAACACAUUACCGACACAGCAACUCUUCUGCCUUCAGCCAACAGCACUCCCACUUCAACCCCAGAGCUCAGUCGUCGUCAAGGCCUGCUUCGAUGCCGCUCACAACCAUGUGUGCUUAAUGAACGCAAAAGUGGGCUGAAACGGAGACGAGAGGAAGAUGUUAGGUGGAGUCGACCUUCACUGGAUUUCCUCAAGAUGACAAGGACUUUAAAAAAUUCUAAAAGCCUUUGCUCACUUGACUAUGAGGAGGAUGAUGACAUUGAUGACCCCCACAUGAAAACUAUUGUGUCAUCACCCUGUGAUUCAAAUGACCUGUUAAUGAACAUAAUAACUCCUGGCUCCAGUCCCAUGAAGGAGAGUGUCACACAUCACCACAACUGCCACUCCACCACUGGGCAUGUGCGUUCAUUUGGCAGUGCAGCUACAGUGAGCGAAAGUGAAGAGGACACCAGUGAUUGUGAUAGCACUGAUGAUGGGAUCUUUCCUCUGGAUUGUGGGGACCUGGAUCUAGAACAGAUUGAGAACAAUUGAGACUAACUUUCUAUAACAAUAAUAGAAAGACCUUUGGGUGGUGAUGGACUGAGUGGUUUGUAAUGCAGAAGGCCUCAAAACCUGACUGACCCAGCAAUCCUUUUCCAUUCUUCCAUGAAAUUCAAAACAUUUUAUGGAACAUAAAUUUGUAAGCUUUAUGUGGUUAAUUGUGCGCGGGGUGAUGCUGUCACCUGUGAUUUUUGUCAUUCAGUGAAUGAAUUAGAGGGGAAAAGACAUUUUUGACUUUUAAUUUAAAUAGGGAACUUGCCAUUUUACCAUUUAGGUCUGAGACACAAGCUUGUAAUAAAAUAGAUAUCGAGGGAGGCAUUUUGUUGAAGUAUGCUGGAUUGUCCAAAAUGUGUGUAUAAAAAUCUACAUAUAAUGAGGAAAAAGAAAAUAAGGAAAACUUUCAAAAAUGAAAUCAAUUUGGUAUUGUUAGCCAGAUUAUGCUACUGAUGUUUCCAAACUGACCAAUAACUGCCUGUACAGAUAUUGGGUGGUUGUAAAACAAACUGUACAUUUUUUAAAAAAACCUUCCAGUGGUGCAGCAACCUCUUUCCAAGAUGUGGUAUGUAUGACAUUUGUCCCGAGGUUGUAUUCCUACAAAAAGAGAUGGUAAAUUUUUAUGUUUAUUCAGAGGAGCGGAAUAUGUCCAGUUACAUUUUAUUUUUUGAAACCCAUUUUUUUUUUAGAUCAUUUAUGGCUUUGGAUGUCUGUGGGGAUUAACAAGCCAUUAGGCCUUUUGAAGAAAUUGCACUUGUUUCUUGCACAUUAACUGGCAUCCCUAUCCUUUGUUGUGCUGCUGUUGACCAUCAGGAAAUAUCCUUGUUCCUUAUACCUAUGCAUUAAUGAACAGAUGGUUUUAAGAAACCUUUAGGCUGCUUAAUGCUACACUUGAUCUGAUUAAGUCACCUCAUCAUGCCAUAAAAUCUGAUCUAAUUAAUGAAAACUUGUUUCAAUUUGAUUGCUGCUGAUUUUGUGAGAGGUUGUUGCACCUUUAUUUUUGAGCAGAACUGUACUUAUAAGGUGGGUUUUAUUUUCUCUUAAAUUAACUUGAUUAUAUAUGUUCCUUUUUCAUUAAACUAAUUUUUACAGAUUAGUGCUGAGAAAAAACUUUGCAUUUCCAUAACCCACCUCAUUAGGUCGUUCUUGCUCCAGAUUAAGUUAAAUACAGCUGAGGGGGUGGGGUUGAUUGGAACAACUUUCAAGGGCACUUCAGCAGUGGACUGGGACUUUAAUAUUCCACUCUCUAGAUGUUGUACCCUCUGGGCAACUCUAGUAGAUAACUGGUCCGUGAAUAAAAGUGAUUUUUUUUUUGGCUUUGCAAA